AAAUGGUCAGGAGGUGUGUGAGUGUAUUCAUCUUGGCUGAGGAGGGGCUGCAUGUGAGCAGGAGUGUGUGUGAGUGCGUAUUCAUAUUCGUAUGCAUGUGUGUGUUCACCUGUGUGUUAAAUCAGCAUUGUUCCAGACAGAGGGAAAGCUGUGCCGCGCUGUUUGGAAAAUCCAAGGUCAUUGGAGCCUGGUCACAUGCGCUGUAUGAGAGCGUGCAUGUGUGAUUGAGUGUCUGUGAGAGCGUCUCUCUCUCUCUCUCUCUCUCUCUCUCUCUCUGGCUAUGUGACAGAGAAAAAGGCUUUAGGCAAAGAACAGAGAAUUUCAUCAGGUUUUCCAUCAAUGUACGGUGUUUGUGGAUGCUGUGGGGCACUAAGACCCCGUUACAAGAGGCUGGUGGAUAACAUCUUUCCGGAGGACCCUGAGGAUGGUUUGGUGAAAGCUAACAUGGAGAAGCUUACUUUUUAUGCCUUGUCCGCUCCGGAGAAACUAGACCGUAUCGGUGCCUACCUGUCAGAGAGACUAUCCAGAGACGUUGCCCGGCAUAGAUAUGGGUAUGUUUGUAUUGCUAUGGAGGCUUUGGACCAGCUACUGAUGGCCUGUCACUGUCAGACUAUAAACCUUUUUGUGGAGAGUUUCCUUACUAUGGUGCGCAAGCUGCUGGAGGCAGACAAACCCAAUUUACAGAUCCUGGGCACUAACUCAUUUGUGAAGUUUGCGAACAUAGAGGAGGACACACCGUCAUACCAUCGUAGCUACGAUUUCUUUGUCUCACGCUUCAGUGAGAUGUGCCAUUCCAGUUACGAGGAUCCAGAUAUUCGCACAAAGAUUCGUAUGGCAGGGAUCAGGGGUCUUCAGGGGGUGGUGAGGAAAACUGUCAAUGAUGAACUGCAGGCAAAUAUCUGGGAGCCUCAACACAUGGACAAAAUCGUGCCAUCUCUCUUGUUCAACCUCCAACAGGAAGAAGGCGUAGAGAGGUCUCCUUCCCCAGAGACAGAGAAGGACAAGGAGAGUCCAGUGGAGCUGACAGAGAGAUGCUUUCGAGAGCUGCUAGGACGAGCGGCCUAUGGCAACAUCAAGAAUGCUGUGAAACCUGUGCUCAUGCACCUGGAUAACCAUUCACUUUGGGAGAGCAAAACAUUUGCAGUCCGCUGUUUCAAAAUCAUUAUGUACUCCAUUCAGUCCCAACAUUCACAUCUGGUGAUUCAGCAGCUGUUGGGCCACUUGGAUGCCAACAGUAAGAAUUCAGCCCGAGUGCGUGCUGGGAUAGUGGAGGUGAUCUCAGAGGCAGCUGUUAUAGAGGCCAGUGGAUCCAUAGGGCCCACAGUACUGGAAGUGUUUAAUACUCUACUGAAGCAGCUUAGACUCAGUGUGGACUACGAGCUUACAGGAUCCUACGACUCUUUUGCAAACAUGGGCUCCAAGGUCAUUAAAGUACACGAGGAGAGACAACUCCAAGAGGCCGUCAUCAAAACUGUUGGCUCAUUUUCAAACACACUGCCCCCCUACCAGCGCUCAGAAGUCAUGUUGUUCAUCAUCGGUAAAAUUCCUGUGCCAGGCAUGUAUCCGGCUCUGGGCUCAGCCAACACUGGGGUUGAGGGCAGUAGGAUGAUCCAGGUUAUGCUGCUAAAGUCUCUGCUGCAGGUUACAGCAGGAUUCCAGUCUACAAACAUUUUGACAGCCCUUCCCACCUCAUUCCUGGAGCCUCUCUUGUCCUUCACUUUGAUGGAAGAUGCAGAGAUCCGUCUCCUCGUUCUUGACAUCCUCAUCGGCAUCAUUGAUCGCCAUGACAACCGGCACAAAUUCUCCCCUGUCAGAAUUAUCUCAGAUAUCUCAGCACUGAAGCUGAAAGUAGACAAGUGCUCCAGGCAGGAUAACCUGUUCAUGAAGAAACACAGCCACAGGCUAUACCGCCACAUUUACCUAGCCUGCAAAGAGGAGAGCAGCGUCCAGCGGCAUUUUGAGUCUCUUUAUACACUGCUGGGGUUGAUCUGUGUGGAGCUGGCCAAUGAGGAGGUGGUGGUGGACCUGAUCCGACUGGCUUUGGCAUUACAGGACCUGGCCUUGAUUGAAGAGGAUCUUCCUGUAUAUACCCGCUGUGCCAUUCACGCUCUGUCAGCUGUGUACCUGAACCUCAUCAGUCAGCUGACCACAGUGCCUACCUUCUGCCAACACGUCCAUGAGGUGAUUGAGUCAAGAAAGAAACUUGUUCCUUUCCUGCUGCCAGAGAAUGUUUUUGUUGAGAGCUCAGAGAUCCCGGAGAAGCUGGAGAAGGUUGAGGGAGAGGUGCUGUUUGCGCAGACUAAGAUAGCAGAGAUACUGGGUGGCAGCGGAUACAACACAGAGAGACUGGCCACUGCAUACAUCCCACAGAUCACAGAUGAAGACAGACUGUCCAAGAGGAAGAGUAUUGGAGACACUGUCUCCCUGCAGUUAGAGAUGGAGUCCAGAAACAGUCCAGAGAAAGAGCAGAGAUCCACAGCAGAGCAGAUAACAUUUGAAACUCUUAAACAAGCCAUUGUAGACAGUGUGAAUGUGGAUGAGCAGGAGAGAGAGCGUAGAAGGCAGGUGGUGGAGCGGUUUCAGACCGCCCCGUUUGAGGAGAUUGCAGCCCACUGUGGGGCCAGGGCUUCCCUGUUGCAGAGUAAACUCAACCAAAUCUUCGAAAUCACUAUCAGGCCUCCACCGAGUCCAUCUGGCUCUGUCGGAAACGGUCACGGCCGGAGCCACUCCAUACCAGUCUAUGAAAUGCAGUUUCCAGACCUCUGUGUAUACUGAGAGACCCAGGAGCCCUAGUCACCACAUACAGCUGUUUUCAUCCCACUACAAUCGCUCCUUUCUAGUGUAAUAUCUGACUUUAGAUAAGGAUUAAGGCUGUACUUUAUCCUGAAGUCUAUUUAUGCCAAUAAAGCAAGAUUAUAUACCAUAUGUUGGUUAUAUAUGCACUUAAAAACUUAGUCUAGAUGAAGAAGUCCAGAAUUUAUCGACAAAUGAUCGUAUCUUGUCUGCUAGCGUAGAGAGCAGAAUGAGGUUUUCAUGUUCAGGUUACUGUGUAAGUGUGUACAGUCUGUUGUUCAGAGCAAGUGAUUGGUACAACUUGUACAACUAAAGAGUAAAGCUGCCUUAAAUUUUGUAUCUUAAGUUAAGGAAAUGUGUCCAAAAAUGUCCCAGAUGUGUUUCCAAAAACGACGUUCUUUUGUGUCUGUGUGUGUGGGUAUGGACAGUUUAACUAAGUAAAAGCUUUGAUCGCAUGUUUAAACCGUCUCUACAUGCUGCAAUAACAGCUGUAUUUAAAGCAAUAAUUAUUGAAUUAAAAAAAUAAAACCUUUUGGGUAGAAGCUGAGGAAGCAUACAGUAAAUACUUAGUUACUAGUUUAACUCAAUGCAGUAUUCCAGUCAGAACUGAUGGCUUAAUGUCACUGUGUGUAAGAAAGUAAAUGUGUUACAUUCACAUAGUGAAGUCAGACCUGUAUCAUUAUUCAUUAUACUCUUAUCGCUGCAGUUUCAUACGUGGAGGGGUCAUGAUGUAUAAACCACAGUACACACAGAAAUAGCUUUCAAACCAAGCAGCUUUCCCUUGAAUUAGCAUGGCCAUCUUGAACCCAUUGUGAAAUCUGCUUCGGAAAUUUUUUUGCCUUUGGCUCAAAUUCCAGAUUGUGUGUAUUCCUAUUGGAAUUUUGCUAUAUUCACUUUCAAACCAAGCAGCUUUCUGUAGGUCAAUGCAUGCCAUCUCACAGGAAAUUCUGUUGAGGUAAUGACAUUUUGCCUGCAAAUGUGAUCACAUCUUUUCAGACACUACCUUUAGGGCCUAAAGGGAUCGAUUAUCUACCCCCUUUUUAUUUUAUUUUAUUUUUUAUAAUUUGUGUGUUUCAUUUGUCUUCUGUUGUACUUAAAUUUGUAAAUAAUUUCAAGUUUAUAUCAAGAUUUUGUUAUCCUGGAUUUAAAUGCAGCACUUUAAAGCUCACCGUGUACUGUAAAUGUGGUGUAUGCUGAAAAAUACUUCAUGUUGUGUUAAUUUCAUCUUAAUGUGUUCUUGU